AUGGCAAUAUGGAAGCCAUCACGCAGGAGCCCCUACGGGAAGCAGAGGAAAACCAUAUUGAUAAACGCCGAUGAGUUCAUAACAAAGUAUGAGUUACACCACAUUUGCAAUGUUUUGCGAAAGGGUACCCUUCUUGCUCACGACCCCAAUAAAGCUUCCCACGCCGAAAAAUUGCCCUUCGAGGGUGACCCCUUUCUACGUGACACCAUCGCUGCCAAGCCGCCUUCGAUUAGAUCGUUGUUGCGCUGUGUGCUGUUUGUGAUCGCUGCACCGACCUAUACACUACUGACACUAGAAUUCUGGACUCAAAGUGGAUGGACAAUUGGGCCGAAUGUCCUAGAUGAUGCUUGGGCAGAUGGAAAGACGAAUAUUCCUUGGCCUGAGCUGAAUGUCGCAAAUGAAAUGCAAGACAAGGAUAGGCGUCGGGGAGAAUUCUUCAUCAAGCACCAUCUCGUAGCUAUGGCUCAAGAGAGACUUCCAUGUCUGGUUAGCCUGCGUUAUACAGCAAUCACUGUGGCGUGUUUCUGGUGUCUGGAUGAUGGAGAGGAUAAUGUUUUUGGUGGGAAGUGGGAUCGGGUUGGUCAGGAUGGGAUUAUUGUUGAAGUCAGGUUCAUUGAAAAGGUCCUACUACAAAUCGAAGAUCUAGUUGUAUGA